AUGAAAUUCAGCCCAGCGCACUACUUGCUGCCUCUCCUGCCGGCGCUGGUCCUCGGCACCAGACAGGACUAUGAAGAGCUAGAAAAGCAGCUGAAACAAGUCUUUAAGGAGCGAAGCACCAUCCUCCGUCAGCUGACAAAGACAUCAAGAGAACUUGAUGGAAUUAAAACCAACCUUCAGAAUUUGAAAAACGAUGAGAUAUCUGCUAAAACUGAUGUUCAGAAGCUUCUGGAAAUAGGUCAGAAACAAAGAGAACAAAUGAAGGCUCUCCAGGAGGCCCUGGAAAAUCAGCUUAAGGAGACAGCUGACAAAGCAGAAAAACAAGAGGCUACUAUUCAUUUUCUAAAGACUGAAAUGGAAAGAAAGAGCAAAAUGAUUCGAGAUCUCCAGAAUGAGAAUAAAAGCUUGAAACACAAACUCUUGUUUGGAAACAAGCUAUGUGGCCUACGUGCAGAAGAGUCAAAAAAAGUUCAAUCCCAGCUGAAGGAGCUUCGUUAUGGGAAGAAGGAUUUAUUAUUUAAGGCCCAACAGCUUACUGAUCUGGAACAAAAAUUAGCUGUAGCCAAAAAUGAACUGGAGAAAGCAGCUCUUGACCGGGAGUCACAGCUGAAAGCAAUGAAAGAGACUGUACAACUCUGCCUCUCAACUGUUUUCCGUGAUCAGCAGCUUCCCCAUUUGAAUCCCUUCAGGCCAUAUGGAACUCAGAUAUCGGUCCCAACCAUGAUAACUGACUCUAGGACUGCAUAUGUAAGCACAACAGCCAAGCCUCAAGACAUCACUACUGAAGUCAGUGAAACCCCGCAAAUUGAGACUACAAAGGAAGAGGUUCUACUCAGGACCCCUGAGUGCGACACUCAAAUUCUUUUACAGGAGAGCACAGUCUGUUCUACGAAGCAGGAUGAAAAUCUUCCAAACAAUGACACUGCAGAAUCAUCACCUGUCCCACAGGAUGAAUCAGUGCCUCCUUGUACUGAAUGUGAUGAGGAAAAAAAACCAGAAAACCAAAUGACUGACACCGAAGGGACAGCAAAUAGAGAAAAAAAAUUACUGUAA